AUGGAAUUAUUGGAUUUCCUUAUGGAAUGUGCUAAAAUUGAAAGAACCAUUGAAAUAAGUCGGGAAUUUUUAACAAAAUUUCCUUCUUAUCAUCCUUAUUAGGCUUUUAAAAAAAUUGACUAAUAUAAUGAAGUAUUAUAUUAGUUACCAUUUUAGGGUUAUAUUACAGCAUAAGCAAUAUAAGUUUUUUUACACCGAUUUGGCUAUUUACAUACUCUCAAAGAAUGUGGCAUAUUAUUUUAUAAACCUGAAUUUAAAUAUGUAGACUUCUUAAGAUUUUUACUUCCAACAAAUCAACAGUUAAGAGAUUUUAUUUCUCAUUCAGAUUAAAAAUUGGAGUCAUCAAAUGAUUGUUUAAAAGAAAUAGCAAAACAUAUUAGCCUAGAAAUAGUCUUAAUGAAUAAUUUACUACCUCCAAAUUCUUUAGAAAAAUUAACAAAUGGAACUAGAGAAGAAAUUGAAUCUUUAUUUAAAAAGGAAAGAUUAUUUGUUUAUUAAGAUGAAAUUGAUGCAAUAAUUAAAAGAUUAGACUUUUAUGGAGAUGGUUAAAUUGAUUUAUUAUUGUUAAAAAAUUGGAUUCUAAUCCUAAAUUAAUAAAUUAAAUAGAAAAAUGAAAAAGAAUCCUAAUCUGUAUUUGUGACUCCAAAAAAAAAAGUUACUAUUUAGAAUCCUAUUAAAACAACUGAAAGAAAAGAUUCUCAAAUAAAAAAAUCAAAAGUUUCUACUCCUAAAUAGAUAAAUUAUACGCAAAAAUUAAAGGCUCAAAAAAAAAUAAAAACUUAUGAUAAUUAAAAAUAAGAUCUUAGAGGAAGAAUGGCUUAAAAGAAAUAGGAAGGUGAAACUGAGAAAAAAAUGAUAAAAGAAGUAUAAACUAGUAAAAAGACUGUUAAUAAUUUAUAAAAAAUAAAACCAAAAUAACCAUAAGAAAUAAUAGAAUAUCUGUUAGACAAAGAAAUUAAAAUAGAAAAAGUUAAAUAGCAAUUAGCAUUGUAAAAAGACUUUAAUACUCUGGAUGCUUUUAGAGCUUUAGAUAUUUAUAACAAAGGAUCUAUUGGAGUAGAAGAAAUAGAUAUUUUACUUAAUUAAAAGCUGGGUUAAAGUCAACAAAUAUUUACUAGAUUUAAGAGUGACUAAUUGACUUAUCAUGAUUUUUUAAAUCUUCUUUAGCCUUAUUCUGUUAAUUUUGCUGAAAUACUCAAUACAAGAUAACCUUGUGUAGAUGCUUAUCAUAAAAAGAUCAGUUAAAUAUUCAGCAUAUAAACGAUAAGAUUAUUGAUAGAUUUAUUAAAUUUACUACAAUAAAUACCAGUAAAAUUAAAUGCAGAUAUUUAAUUAUUUAAUAAAAUAGAUGGAAUCACAAGAGAUAAUUUUAUUGGAGUAUCAGAUGUAUUAAUUGUAUUUAAAAUAGUUAUAACAAUAUCUAUAUGAAAGUGGAUUAAGAUACACACAUCAUGAAGCAAUGCUUCUUAUAAAUGCAUAUGAUAAAGACAAAGAUGGGAGAUUAUCUCUGGAAGAAUUUUUAGAUAUGUGA